UCUGGAUACAGUCUGAUGUUGUGUACAUAACUUCCGGGCUUGUGAAAAUGACAAAUCUCAAAAUAUAUUUAUUACUUUUUGUUCAAUAUUUAAAUGUAAGCUUUGUAAUAUUAUUGUCAGAUGUUACAGACAAGGUAUUUAGUAAACGACCUACAGGUCUAAUUGCAGCAUUUGGUGAUUUUAAUGCAGAUAAAUACACAGACGUCUUUGUCAUAUCCGAUAAUGGAAAGACUCUGUAUGUGUACCUGGCAGAUAUUGAGGAAGAGUUUAAGGAAACAAAACUCAUGACACUAGAGGACAGUGAUCUCCAUAUCUCAAGUGUGGUACCUGCAGACUUUGAUGGAGAUCUACAAAUGGAUGUCAUGGUAACACUUCAUAAAAAAGGUGAUUCCAGUUACAAGGUGUCACCUAGAAUCUACUGGGGUCAGGGUUCAAGUCUCAAUACAACCACUGGAGGUUUUCUUAAACUGCCAGAUAUGACUGAUCAGCCUCUUCUAAUGGACAAAAAUGCAGACAUGAUACCAGACUUGUUUGGUGAAAAAUCCCCAGGGGGGAGAUAUUUCUGGAUAUUUAGAACAGAUAGAAACUUCACUGAGGAGAAACAGACAGUACCAACAGGGCAGACAACUCUUGCUUCACUUAGAACUCCUCAGUCAGGAGCAUUUGUAGAUCUAAAUAAUGACUUAACUGCUGAUUUAUGUGUCGUGUCGAAGGCUGAUAGUACACAACUGGAGUAUUGGACCAAUCAGAAUGGAGAUCUCACAUGGAAAAAUACCAUUCCUGUUACAUAUGAAAAGGAAUUGAAAGUCAUUGGGCAGUUUGUUUUUGCUGACUUUGAUGGAGAUUUGUACACAGAUGUCCUUGUACCGGCUUGUCUGGAUGAAAAGUGUGCUCAGAGUGUUUUACUAGUUUACACAAAUAAAAAGUGGGUUAAACUACCUGUGGAUUUGAGUUACAGUCUACGCUCCUGGAAUUUCAUACCCCCAAACCAGUCCGGAGCACCAGACUUCCUCACCGUACCAAUCACAUUACGAGUUGGUGACUUUAACCUGGAUGGCUUCCCAGACUUGUUAGGUGUUGUUGGAAAUGCCACAGGGAACUUGCACAGGGCAGUUAUUAUGUACAAUAAUCAAUGUCCUGGUGACUGUGGAGGUUUUUCUAGGACAUUUGUAAUAGACUGGGAUACAUGGUUAGAGUCACAUGAUCAUAGAGCUCUCCUGCCUGCAUUUUACGACCUUCGUGACAAUGGUAUUUUAGAUAUUAUUGUUACAAGCAUAGAUGGCAAGGGGGCGCCAACUACAGAAGUUAGAGAACACAAAUUUGUAGAUGAUGCAUGCUUCAUGAAAGUUAUGGUUGUGAGUGGUCGGUGUGACUAUCAAUGUCCUGCUGGAAGAAAGCCAUAUGGUGUAAAUCAGCCAGGUCCUGUAGUGAGAUACAAAACAACUGACCUGAGUGGAGAUCCUCAACAUAAAAUAGCUUUCCAGUUAUCCCAAUCUGCAUAUAUGCCAUUACAGUUACCUUACUCAGUGUUUGGAUUAGGCCAGACACCAAACUUUGUUGAUACAUUAGAGGUUGGAAUACCAACAAAUACAUCAAAAAGACUGAACCAUGCCUGGACAUCAGUGAUUCCUAAUUCUCAGCUACUGAUAAUUCCACAUCCUAUAAAUGAUCCAACAAAAUGGACGAAUAAAUUAUUUGUAACUCCUAGUCGUUUGAUGAUGCUAACUGGUGCUGCACUGUUAGGUACAUGUGGUUUUAUUGCUGGUAUAGUAGGGGUCCUGCAUUGGAGAGAUAAGAUUGAAGAUAAAAAGGAGAAAAGACAGGAAGCACAAAAAUUCCAUUUUGAUGCCAUGUGAGAGAAUCAAGUCUGUGAUAUAUAUUAACUCAAGCAAUCUCCCAAUCUGCAUUGUGAUACAAAGUACCUCAGCUCUCAUUACUUCAGCCAAGCUGAACAUUGUGUCUUUGUGUAAAUGUCUGUAUUAGUGUACAUUUAUAUGUUUCUUUUGUAUAUGUUUGUGUAAGU